AUGACAGGGCCUACCCCUAAAAAGUGCAGUAGGCCUACCCCUGCAGCCAAAAGUGUUAGGGUGGAUGCCUCCAAGGUGGUUGUUCUACAAUCACAGCUAUCACUGGAACGGAAGCAGAAGCAGAAUUAUAUCAUCAGCUGUACUAAAACAAAUCAGGAGCUUUCAGAUUUGCAUCAAGAGCUUGUAAACUCUUUAGCUGUUGUGGCUAGAAAACCUGAGGCAACUGUUUUGGAAUCAGAGACUCGCGGGCUUGAUGAAACCUUGAAUAAUAGUUUCACAUUUGGAACUGUAGGCUCAGACAGGGUCUUAUCUGGAAAACAUCUACCAAGCUCAACACCAAAAGUGUUCAUCAGAAGCCCACAAGAACAAAUAAACCAACUGAAAAAACAAAAACUACAAGAAACUACUUUUGGUAUUCUGGGACAACUCAAAAUAUUCUUUAAGAGGCAACAAGAAGAAAUUGAGUCCCUGAAAGAGCAAUAUGAAAAGAAUACAGAAGAGAAUGUAAGGCUAAUAAAAGGAUUGCAAGCAGAACUCCAACAAGCAAAACAAGCUUUAAAAAAUGGAGAAUGGCAGAUCAAAUAUUUAAAGAACAACCUUCAGCAAGUUCAACAACAGGAGGCACAGACAAAAUUUAUCUUGGAUAAACUGCAUCUUACUAGGUCUUCCCUUCACGACAAAGAAAAGGAAAUAAAAUCCUUACAAACACGUAUCAAGGAACUCUCAAAACAGAAAGAGGAAGUACAGCAUACUGUUUUAAGUCUACAGCAGGAUCUGGAUACGAUUAACCGGUUGUAUGCAGAGAAAGAAGAAGAACUAGCUAAAAGCAAGGUUAUUAAGGAAAAGGACCAGUGCUUGCAAUGGCAGAAGGAAAAGAUCGAACAUUUGGAAAAUGAGAAAAUAAUAAACAGACAAGAAUUGAAUCAUAUGAUAGCUGUUCUAAAACAGACAGAGAGUGGUGAGAUAGAAUGGAAGCAAAAGGCCCAGAGGUUGGAUUUGACCCUUGCCCGAAGUGAAGAGGCUAUGAGAAUUUUAAAGGAGGAAAUGGCUGUUACACAGAGCAUGGUUUCAGAAAGGGACGUGGAUAGAUUUCAUCUCCAGGAACAAUUGGAUACAGCUUUUAAAUCUCUGAAGGAGUCAAGAUUCAUUAUUGAAACUGUGGUGGGAGUUUCUGAUCUGCUAUGCAGUGAAAAUGAUAUACCAGGGGUACAGCAUAAUGAGGCCGGAAAGGCUUUGAAAAAAGAAGGACAGCUGACAUGGAUGGCUGAAAAACGACUCUUGUAUAAGCUUUUACAACUUCUGCAGCAAGCUGUGGCCAGAUUGGAGAAUGAUAAAUAUGGUUUAGAAUAGCAGAAUGCUCAAUUGAGAGAUGCAUUGCAACAGGUAGAACAUGAACGAAGGAAACUGAAAAGCUGUCAUAGAGACUUUUCUAAAGAAACCCAGAUUCUCCAAAAGCAACUGGCAGAGUUACAAAAACAGGUGGUUGUUCUACAAUCACAGCUAUCACUGGAACGGAAGCAGAAGCAGAAUUAUAUCAUCAGCUGUACUAAAACAAAUCAGGA